AUGAUCAACGAGCCAACCCCAGCCCCGGACGUCGAUCCCGGCGUCGACCCAACUCAAGCAGUCGAAUUGACGGACGACUCCGUGAUGGAGCACGAUGGGCCCCCGGUGAAGAUCCAAAGGACGGACCCCGAGGAGUCGCAAGUCACCGUGAGUUGGACCCAGUUCGAGUCGGACCUCAGUGAGAUCCCACUCCCCGAAGAAGUUUUGAACUUCAAAGAUCCAAAUAUUCCAAAAAAAGACCAAGAACAACUAGCGGGUCUCCAAGCUUUCCAACUCCGAGAGGAGUCAGAAAAAGACUCCGACUCGGAAGCCGAUCCAGAUGAGCAACUGGAAUUCGAAAUCGAAGCGCUUCCCGAAGAAAGGCCAGCCCCAAGGUUGCUAAUCGAUCUUUCGCAUCGCCCAUCGCGCAACUCCUACCCCGACAAGCCCAGCGAAGAAGAAGCGGAACAGGAGCUGAACCAUCCCUGGUCCUACCGAGCCUUGGAACAGCCGAGAUGCACUCUCGAGGAGCUGCGUCAACUGAACGUCGAUUUCAGCGACACCUUCCCUUCCAGAUCCAUCAGGAGGCAACGCAAACUCAACAACUACAGGCAGCUCCACGCCCCGAUCAGGUACACCAAGGACGAUGAACCGAUCUACCCAAUACACGGAUUGACCCACCUGGACGACGUCCGGGCCUUCCGCAAACAUGCGAAGGAAGUCCUGAUCCGAUACACCAACAACCCAGGACUGGUCGCACACGAGGAACCGAGCAGCAAAGCACCCAAAAGACCGCAGAAAGCAGGAACUUGGCCAACAACGGAUCAGCCUCGCAUGCCGAUUCUGUACCGCAUAAUAGCAUACAGAACAGCACGCGGUUUCCUCCUCGAGGCCGUUAAUAUUGAGGUGUUCGCGAAAUUUGAGGAAUUGAGAUUUAUUUCGCUAGAUAGCAAAUCCCUCGACCGAGCAAACGAUACGGCGGGUCUACACACACUCCAAGGUGCAAUUGGUGAUUUGAUUUGGGUAGUCGAACUGUCAAUCCCAAACGUUUUCAUUCGGGAAAAUAUGGUCGAGAAGACGCGAGCCGAAUCCCGGAUCCGGGGGAUCCCGCUCAAGGACCGUAAGACCGUCUUUAGGGCAAGCAUUUUCGAAGCGAUCCAACGCACCGAAGGUGAAGUCUGCCCAGGAUACACUUUAUAUACCCCCCCUAGCGCCGCGCCAUACAAAAAAACGACGCAGCUCGCGGUGAUGGGGCAGUCCCGAGUGGUACACGUUCCAGGAGACCUGCUCCACGGAAGAUACAAGAGAUUCGCCUCAGAUCAAUUGUAUAUGUGCCAUACACGGAAGCCGAUUUCAUCGGCGAACUACCUUGCUAUCAUACCUCAUUCACAGGACGAUGAAAACGCCAUCCUGGAAUACGCAAAACAAAUCGAACCAACGGUUUUUGCCGAAGCGCCAAUGCCACGGUACGUCACCACGUUCCCACACAGCAGGACAUCCGACUACCAGGACAGAAUCGAUCGAUUCAGCAAGUACAAGGAAAACAGUGAAUUCGGAUGCAGAAUCCUCCUCGAGAACCUCCGCAUCGGUUUGUCGGCCCAAGAAGUCAAAGAAAGUAUGGAAAUCGAUUACAAGCAAUGGCCAGCAAAGGUGACCCUCACAAAGACCGUGCUCAACCAGUCCGGCAUCAUCAAGGCCCGAGUCGUUAUCGACGGCAAGACGACGGCAGGAGCAUGGACGAAUCGCGACGAAGUAAUCAUCAGUUUUACCGGAGAAGCCCAACUAGCUGUCAUCGCGCGACUGAUGAAAAUCUCCUUCGAGGGCAACCCUAUCGAACGAACCAUCUGUGAUACGAUCCCCAAUAUCAUCGACUACAGCCGACUCGACCCCAUAGCCGUGCCAGACAUGGAAUACGACGCCACCGUCUACAGGCUCAGCGAACACCGCCCAUCGUGGAUCCAGGAAACCUUGAAGAAAGGAUUCGGCCAUCUGAAGCCCCAUCAGCCAGCCUACCAGAUGAUCGACACACUGUACAACAGCCAACGUGGACGCCGUCACUUGGAAGAAAUCCCGACUACCCGGAGAGUCCCGACAUUGGAUAAGCGCAUCCCGACUUCCACCACGGUCGACAACACACCCCGACAGCUGACGAACGAGCAGCGACAGGCAAUCGCGCUUAUCGCUAGCGGCACACCUAUCGGAGCAAUCCUGGCAGCUUUCGGCACUGGUAAGACGACCACAAUCGCCGAAGCCGUGGCCCACAUCGCCGAGCAAAGUCGAAACCGCGUGAUCGUAUGCAGCAACACAAACAACGCGGUCGGCCAGCUCGUAAACGCCAUUCUCGCCACGAACAACGAGAACCGGGAGCGAAUCGUCCACCGCUUCAAAGCCGAGGGCAUCGCGGAGACGAUCAGUACUGAUGGCGAUCUCCCUACCCUGGCCCAAUCGAUCCUCGAAGACCCGGCCGGAGCACCACUGACAACGACCGAUCGCCAAAAAGUCAUCGAAUUCGUUCGAAGCCGCCGAUUGAUCCAGGGCUACUUCGCUAACACCCUGACGCUCGUCAGCGACAUCCUUGAAGCCGAAAGAAAUCUGAUGCACGACGAGAUCCCAGGAGACAACGCUAGGGCCGUGUACGACAUCAUCGCCCGGUGGAGGAGGCCCCACGUCCUGGCAGCAACAAUCAACUCGUUGCCAAGGCUCCAAACUGGACUCUUCGAGCAAACCCUCCAAACGGUCCGGACGAUUAUCAUCGACGAGAGCAGCGUGAUGCCGGAAGCCGCCCUCGUUGCCAUGGCCUGCCGUUUCCCCGACGCGUCCAUUUAUCUGGUCGGCGAUACCAAGCAAAGCCGGCCCUACUCCGCCCUGAUGCCACAGGCGCAGCCGAUCGAUUACGCCCUCAGGCAAGCUCUAGCCGUGGCGAUGAAUUCAACCCAGGUCCCCACGGUAUUCUUCGAGAAAACGUGGCGGGCCCACCCUUUAGUGGCGGAGUUCGCUUCCCACUUUUUCUAUGAAGGUCGUUUGACGACCGAAGUUACGGAUAUGCAGAGACCCGCUUUUAAGAGGCUACAUCUCAAUCUCCCUAAAGCGGGGCCUCUCGUUUUUGUCACCUACGAGGGAACCGCGGCGCGUUCUCCGGGUGGCAGUUUGUCGAACACGGCUGAGUGCGAAUACACACGCCAGAUCCUCGACCGGAUCCGACAGAGCUACCCCCUCCGAAAGACGAUGGUUAUCACAUUCUACAACGCCCAAGGUGAGGAGGUCGACCAAAUGCUCAAAGACCUCGCCUGGGCCGAUACGCGACGCACCAGCGUCGAAAGAUCGCAGGGUGCUGAGACCGGGAUCGCUUUGGUCCUCACGACCCGAUCCGAACGCGCUCAAGAAGGUGACUGGUUCACCGACAGACUGCGAGCCUGCGUGGCACUGACCCGAGCCAGGGACGCUGUCAUCAUUUUGGGCACUAAAGAGGCGUUCGCGUCAGAUUGGUGGACCCAAGCUUUCCAGUCAGCUGAAGGAGAAGGCAUGGUCACAUCCAUCGAUGCCCUUCUGGCCCACCCACAACACCUA